AUGGGUUACAUUUAUGAGGCUAUGGAUAGGGCUAAGGAAGCUAUUGCAAAUAGCUUCAAUGGAAAUGAAGAGAAGUACAAAGAUGUGUUUCAAAUCAUUGACCAAAGGUGGAAUGUUCAAUUGUAUCGCCCUUUACAUGCAGCUGGGUUUUAUUUAAAUCCAGAAUUUUUUUACAAAGAUCCUAGGGCUGUAAAGGACAAAGAAAUCAUAUCAGGCCUAUAUCAAUGUAUAUCAAGGUUGAUUCCAACAUUAGAGGUCCAAGAUAAAGUUACUACAGACUUGAAAAAAUAUGAAAAUGCUGAAGGACUUCUUGGAAUACCUAUGGCAAUUAGACAAAGAACUAUAAGGUUGAUUGGUGAAGUUCUUAUGGUCAUGAUGCUCCUGAGUUGCAACAAUUUGCCAUCAAAGUUUUUAGUCUUACUUGUAGUUCAUCUGGUUAUGAGUGGAAUUGGACUUCACAACAAAAAAAGAAAUAGGCUAGCUCAAAAACGUCUGAAUGAUUUGGUGUUUACCAAGUAUAAUAGAGCAUUGAAACGUCGAUACAUUUCACGUGGCAAAUUUGAUCCUAUCUCUUUGAAAGAUAUUGAUGAAAGCAAUGAAUGGCUGAUUGGGAGAAUGGAGAAUGAGCUUGUGAUUGAUGAUGAUGAUGAUUUUUUGGGGUGGGAUGAUGUUGCUGUAGCUGUUGGAGUUGAGGAAAGUAGCCAAAGAACUAGAUCAACCACAACUAGGACAACUCCAAUUGGUUCAAGCUCACAUCGACUUGUAGAUGAGGAAGAGGAAUGGGAAGAUGUAGAUUCAGAUGAGGAAGAAGAGAAGGAUGUGGAGGGAUAUAAAUCCAAUGAUGACGAAGGAGAUGAUGGAGAUGACGCUUGUUAUUAA